AGUGAAAGUUAUAAUUUUUUUUUCUUUUGGGGUAAAGGAAGUUAUGGAUGAGUGUUAAUUUGGAGUUGUAGCAUGUAGUUACUUGGAAGUUAUUUUAUUAAACUUACAUUAAAAAAAAAAAAAGUGCAUGAGAAUCUAGAGUUGGGGUUUUGGAGUAAUGUUGCGAAACAAAUUAACAAUUGUGAAUAAAUCAAUAUUUGUUGCGAGUAAUGUGAAUCGAUCAUCCGUAUAUGUUCCACUUUUCCUUUUUUUUAAAACCCCAUUAUCGCAUAACUUGCACGGCUGCUGGAGACUGGCUGCUUCAAUCCUCACGUGACCUAUCACGUGCUAUUCAGGACCAAACAUCCCCUGUUUUCUCUCUCUUCACCUCCUCCCUUUCUCUCUCUAAACCAAUUCAUCCAACGUCUUCCCUUCAAAACCAACCAAUUUUUGAAUUGAUUUCAUUGAAUUCGUUGACUCACGCAAUUUUCAAUCUUUUCUUCACCCUUUUUCAAUCACAGAAUUUAUGGAUUUUGGGGUUGAUGGAGAUGUUGAUGGUGAAGUGGUGGGAAGUUCUGCAGAUACAGAGGGCAGGGUUGGGGAUGAAAAUGAUAUGGGUGGAAGUUCUGUUGAAGGGGGACAGAGCCAAGAUGAUAAAAUGAAUGAGGAGUUAUCUGAAAAGGAAGUUAUCCCUGUCGGGGAACCAAUAAAUGAGCCUUUUGUGGGGCAAGAGUUUGAGUCAGAGGCGGCUGCUCAUGCAUUUUACAACACAUAUGCUACACAUGUGGGAUUUGUUAUACGAGUUAGCAAGUUAUCUCGGUCAAGACGUGAUGGUACUGCUAUUGGCAGAGCCUUGGUUUGUAAUAAAGAGGGUUAUAGGAUGCCCGACAAGCGUGAAAAGGUUGUGAGGCAAAGAGCUGAAACUAGGGUUGGAUGUAGGGCAAUGAUUUUGGUAAGGAAAAUGAAUUCCGGUAAAUGGGUGAUCACAAAGUGUGUAAAAGAACACACUCAUCCUCUAACGCCAGGAAAGGGGCGAAAAGAUCUUAUCUUUGAGCAAUACCCGAAUGAGCAUGACAAAAUUCGGGAAUUAUCCCAACAGUUAGCUGUUGAGAAAAAGCGAGCUGCCACAUACAAAACGCAUCUCGAAAUGGUGUUUGAGCACAUUGAGGAACAUAACCAGAGUCUUUCAAAGAAGAUUCAAGAUAUUGUAGGCAGUGUUAGAGAGUUUGAGUCGAGAGAGAAAGAGAACUGUAGAUAGUAUUUGUUGCUCUCGUACUUUUACAUUGUAGGUGAUAUCCAAAGAUUAAACACAUUGGAAAUUUGUGUGCAGAAAUUCUAUGAAAUGAGGCUGAAAUUGUGUAGUUCUUUUUUUCUUUUUCGAGACCACAUGUUUUUUAGAACAGUUGUGUUGAUUCUUAAGCUAACAAUCAUUUUUACAGCAUGGAUAGCUCGGAACACUUCUGCAUCAUUAUAACUGGUGAUUAUUGUAAGACUGAGCUCCUCAUGCUCCCCUUUUCGAUAAAGAAAAAUGCAUCUUUGUAUGUUGUGUAUAC